AUGACAAAUUAGAGAACAAUUAUCAAAAUGAAAUAUAAGAACUCAACAGUGUUAUCUAAUAACUAUAAGAAGGAAUCUAAAGUUAGCAAUCCAAAUUUUAGAAGGAAAUUGACAACCUCAAAUUAAUGCACAGUUAAGAACUCUACAUACUCAAGAAAAGAAAAUGACAAAUAUGUGAUUAUACUAUAUAAAUAUUAUUUAAUUUAAAAAGAUAUUCAAUGGUAAUUAAUCUGUAGUAAUCUCUAGCCUAAAGCACCCAAAACCAGUAAAGCCAAAAAAAUACAGAAAAAAGUAGCUGAUAGAAAAAAGAACCCCCUCUUUGUUAAGGAUGCUAAAAACUUUAGAAUUGGAAACGAUGUUCAACCAAAGAGAGAUUUAUCAAGAUAUGUCAGAUGGCCAAGAUAUAUCCUACUUCACAGAUAAAAAAAGAUCUUAUUACAAAGAAUCAAAGUCCCAGCUGCUAUUCAUUAAUUCAGCAGAACACUUGAUAAAAAUCAAUCAUCUAAAGUAUUGGGUCUAUUGAAGAAAUAUUCACCAGAAACCAAAACUGAAAAAAAAUAAAGAUUAACCAAAUUAGCUGAAUAAAAAGCAUAAGCCUAAAAGACAGACUCUAAGAAGGUCUAAGUACUCAAAUUUGGAUUAAACCAUGUCACCACACUUGUAGAAACUAAAAAGGCUAAACUCGUAGUUAUUGCCUAUGAUGUUGACCCAAUUGAACUUGUUGUCUGGUUACCACAAUUGUGUAGAAGACAAGAAGUUCCAUUCUGUUUUAUCAAAAAUAAAGCAAGAUUAGGAACUUUGGUUCAUUAAAAAACAGCCACUUGUGUUGCUUUGACUGAAGUUAGAAAGGAAGAUUAAGCUGAAUUCGAUAAUCUAGCAAGAGACUUAAGAUAACAUUACAAUGAAAACCAUGAAUUAUUGAGAACCAUCGGUGGAGGACAAGUAGGAAUCAAAUCAAGACAUCAAUAAGAAGCAAUAAAGAAGGCAUUUGAAUUAGAGGAGUUGAAAAAGACAUCCUAAUGAACAUGUUUACAUUAAUAAAAUAGUAUAUUAACAAAUAAUCAUUAAAAUUAA